CAGCCAGAGCUGGCAGUUCUAUAAAAAGCUCAAGCGACUACCGAGCUAGGAGGGCCUCAUCCAAUUGGCCCAACAAUACUUUUUCACUUCUGCUUCUCUUGGUAGUCAGGAGGCACAUGACCUGAUCCAGCCGAUGUUUCUGCUCGCCUUUGCUAUUGACAUGGAAACGUGGACAGAGUAGGAACUCAGCUGAACUCCCACAAACUACUUUCACAGAAACCUGUUAAGAGCGUGGAACGUCACACAUGGCUCUCACACAAACAAAGGAUGCCGGCAUAAAAGUGGAGAGGGUCAAUAAAGAAACAGGCGAGCUGAGUGCUUCAGGGGAGUUAUCAGUCUCUGUGGAGUUGGAUGUGAAGAAAGCAGUAGUCCCCUGUCUGGACCCUCUGCCCUCUGACUUGCUGCGUGAACAACUGCACCAACUUGAGAUUUACCAAUGCUCAAGUUUGGACCACGAAGGUGACCCGACCCCUUUGGAAGAGAGGCAAGAGCAUCUAGUCAGAGUCCUGCCUCUCUACAUACAGGUAUGUGAAGAAGAUGGAGGGCUUGAGGGGUUGGACUUCAAGGGACUUGCAGUGCUCACCUCUGACGCCUUCAUCCUGAACAUCCACAACAGGCUUGCAGAAAGGCCUGCAGAGAAUGCUCGUGAGGAAGUUGUGCGAUUCUUCCAGACGGAACACGAGCUCACAAGCUGUCCAGGAUGGCUGCUGCUAAAAUCUCUGUUGCUAUUAACUGCUGACACCUCAGUUUCAUCUCUCAAUCCAGGACUUCCUGCCGUUCUUGUGAAAUGUUUGUACUUGCUCGUAUGCAUUCCGCCCAAGGACGACUUAAACAUAAAAGAGAGCUUUCAGGAGUCGCUAACGCAGGUUCUCCUCCAACUAUGUAGGCAGCCAGUCAAUGUGGAGCGGCUGGUAGAGACCCAGGAGCUGCAAUGCCUUAUCAUAGGGCUUACAUCACUUUGGGACCAGACCAGCAUCUCGUGGAGGCAUCAGGCCUCGCGCGUCCUUAAAGUAGUUUCUGCUGUAGCCACAAGCAACACUGUUCCUAACCUCCUCGGGAAGAACUGCGUACGCAUAUGCAUCCAGAAUCUGUCACGAAUCAACUCCGAGGUGGCGGGCCCGCUAUUAGCUGAGGUGGCUGUGGCCGUGUUCAGCUUCAUUCGAGACACAUAUCCGCUCAAUCCAGCUCUCUUCAUCGAGUUUGACUCCCACAAUGGCUACAAGGCGUUUGAAAACAUACUUAAACGUUGUGAAGGAGGCGUGCCAGAGGAUCAGUUCCACUAUGUGGAGGAGCUGCUGGCGCUCAUUGCCUCGUUCACGCUGCUCGGCAAAACAGAGCUCAAAGUGGCUCUUUGUGUCAGUCACCCUCAGCCUCCCGGCUUUAAAUUUGAGCCGCCCCUCAACAAAGGUUCAUCAGUCAAGAACGUGCCCGCCUUCCAUUUGCUGCAGACUACUUUGAUGCAAUCUGAGGAUUCGCUGCUGUGCUGUCAGAUCCUAAGAACCAUUCAGAUGAUUUGGGAGCUCGACAAAGCCAAUUUUUUCCUCUUGGAGUGGACCUUUCAGACGAUGGCCCAACUGGCCGCAUGUGUGUGCCACAAACCGCCUGCAGUCCAAACGAUGUUCUACUCAAUGCUCGAGAUGGUCAUCUUCAAGCUCAACUACAUCCCCCAUGAGGUAUUGCGUGUAGUGCUGGGCAUUCUGAAGCAGAGUUGGUCAGGGUUGCUGCCUGUGGUGGGAACACAUUUUGGAGUAGCAACUCUUACAAGUUUUCACAGGAUGACGGUGCACAGUGGCAUGUUUGCGGAGGUGCUGAGUGACUGGGGACUCUUGGAGUUGCUGCUCGGGGAACUUCGCAGAAGAGCAAAAAUCAUCCGGAAAGCUGGAGUUGUCGCUUCUCCUCAGUUAGAUGCAGAGCAGCUGCCGUGCAUAGAUGACGGCGAAAAGUUCCUCACUACUUGUAUGCUGCAAGUUGUGUCCACCCUUACUCUACGCUCAAUCAAAAACACAGUUUCAGUGAGAGAGCUUGGUAUGGUUCCUUACAUUAAGCUCUUCCUGGACGAAGCUCAGUAUCGAGGUGCCACACUGUGCAUUUUGGAGCAUCUUGCGGAGCUGAACCCAGAGGAGUUCAUGAGUACUGCAAUAGGAGCCCUCUGUUCUUCCACGCAACACGAAUUGGCUUUGAAACGGGACCUGUUACAGUCUAUAUUGAAGGUACUCGAGAGCCCAAAUAGCUUGGACGCCUUCCGACGAGCGGGCGGCUUCACUGGAUUGCUUUCACUCGUGCUCGAUAUGGAAGGUGCCCUGGCCGACCCUCCCCAGGGAGAAGUGUGGCAGUCCGUUGGUCAUCAACCAUUGCUCGAUCUCCUCCUUCUCGCCCUGCACAUCUUGGCCUCCGCCGUGCAUCUGCAUGCGGUGAAUGCGCACUUUUUUCAGACUGGCGGCUUUUACGAGAAGCUGGCUGAGGCUCUCCUCCAGCUGGGAUGCUUCCACUCUGAGAGGAGCAGGUGGGAGGCAGACGAGGGAUACUUUAUCAAGAGUGCAGAAGACCACCGGCCUCCCGGAAGAAGCUUCGAUCAGUUUGUUGAGUUAGCACAAGGGGCGAUCCCAUGUCACUCCUCCUCAUCUGACAAACUUUCUGUCACUCUUCGGACUUGCAUCAGGCUCCUUUCCUACCUUGAUCACUUUGCUACAGGCCUCUUCUCUCCUCUCGAUUUGAAUUUUGGCCUAGAACUUGGGAAUUCGUGUGACGGCGAUGGAAAGAUGAAUUUAUUAUCACCACCAGUCCCCAUGGGGCCAGUCCAGCAGUCUAUGGAGGAGCCGCCCGGGAGUUCUAGAACCACAGGAACCAGCAUAUCCACAGUUUUAGAGUCCCAGUCGAGUAGGUUCACUUGUGAUCAUGUUAUCCUUCACCCCGGAGCUAUUCGUGUCAUCAUGACUCUCCUUCCAUUCAUCUUUACAACCGAGGACAUACAGCUGUCUGUGGAGAUCCAGCUCGCCGUGGCAAACCACAUACAGUCAGCGGUCAAAUCGGAGCGGAAUCGUCAGAUCAUGUGUGAGGGGGGGCUUAUCUCUACGCUCUUGACUCACUGUCACGGCAUGCUGCUCACACCAAAUGACCCGUUACAUCUAACGGUGACACGGAUCCUGGAGAAGCUUUCCUCCCAGGCCAUCACACCUUCUGAAUUCAGGAAAUUUCUGUGCUUAACAGGCCCUCUUAUGAGCUUGGCAGACGAAGCCGGAAUGCCAUCAAAACCAGACUUCCCCGCAAGAGGAGAAGCUGAUCUCAUCACAAAGGCAGACCCAACCAUAGGGCCCUCAUCUAAGACACUAAAGCGCAACUUCAGCCUGUUACAGUCUACAAACUCCAGCAAAUGUUUUGCCGGUUCCACCAUUCCCGGCCACCAGAUCAUCAGUAUGGUAUCAAUGACAUCACCACGCGCCUUUCGGCCGCAUCGACUCUCUACCACGCCAGCCUUUGUGGAGUUUGACAUGAGCGAGAGUGGCCAUGGCUGCCUUUUCCUCCCUUCGCUGGCAACAGUGAAGGGAGUGACAGCCGAUUCUAUCUCAACUGGUGGAAUAGGAGGAGACUGCCGGAGUUUCCCUCCCACAUCCGGGCUUUCAUUUUCCUGCUGGUUUCAGAUCAACAGGUUUAGUUCAGCGUGUGAUUCGCACCCAAUCCGACUACUAACAGUCAUUCGGCAUAUGUCACGGACGGAGCAGCAGUAUAUCUGUUUGUCUAUCUCCUUCUCAGCCUAUGAUGGCUCUCUGCUCCUCUCCACUGAAGAGGAAGCGUUUACUUAUUUAGAUAUGAUGGAGCCAGAGGUGAGUACCCCAACCUCUUUGCCCAACUCACUGAAGUUCCGUUGCUCCAGCUUGCUGGUCCCGGGUCAGUGGCAUCAUCUUGUUGUGGUCAUGGCCAAAGAUGUAAAGAAGAGUUGCGUGGCUUCCGUCUACUUCAAUGGCAAAGUACUGGGGACUGGAAAGAUGAAAUAUAUUCAGCCAUUUCCUGGCAAGUGUGUCUACAUGGAUCCCACAGCUGUUAUUGAUGUGUAUGCAUUGAUUGGGACGCCCACUCUUUGGAAAGACCACGCUGCUCUAGUGUGGCGUAUUGGACCAGCUUACCUUUUUGAGAAGUCUUUGAGCGCUCAGUUUGUGGGUGUCAUCUACUCUCAAGGCACCAUCUAUCUGGGCAACUUUCUGGCCUUGUGCAACAAAGAUCCAGAAACAGAGUCUUUCCCGCUCCCGUUGGUUCCUGAGGAGAGGAUUGCCUUUGGCAUCAACCCAGCAGUUUCCACAUUAACAAAUGUUGUGCGCAUCAGAGAGAACUACAACGAGGUGGACUGCAGACUGAUUGCUAAAGAGCUAGGGAUAACCUCUAGAGACCAGUCCACUCCAGUGUUCUUGGCUCAUAACAUCAGUCACCACCUGAGUGGCACUGCACGCACUAUAGGAGCAGCACUGAUUGGACAUUUUGGUGUCCGCACAUUCGUUCCCAGAAGUGCCGCUGAUGGUUUUCUGUACGUGGGCGGGCCUGCAGUUGUUCUCAGUCUAAUUGCAAUGGCGGAUGACGACAGCUCCCUGUAUGCAGCGGUUAAGGUUCUUCUCUCCGUUCUGGAAACAAAUUCUGCAAUGCGGCAGGAAAUGAAUCGCAUUUGUGGUUACAAGCUGCUUGCUUUCUUGCUGAAAAUGAAGAAAACUCUGGUCAGUCACAGAACCUUUCAAUUGAUUCUGUACCUCUCGAGUUCCAUGGAACUGAGCUGUGGUCUAGACUUUCUGCAGAACACAGCUGCUUUCCAGGCUCUGCUGUUGGACCUGGAGGUUUGGAGGAACACUUCAGAAAAUCUGGAUCUCUCAGUCCUGAGCCACUUUGCUGAGAUCUUGAAGUGCCCAAGCAAUGAGAGCAGGAUUGCAGUGGCCAUGCACAGAAUGGGUGUGCUAUCAUAUCUGCUGUUUGAGCUCUGUGACCCUUCUGUGACUUAUCAAAAAGUCAAACUUGUUUCUUGUGUCAUCACGUGCCUCCUGAAAGCUCACUUCACUCCUCUGGAUAUCAGCAGAGUUGGGCUCUUCCUCAUCUACACACUCCCUCCUCUUCAUAAUGCGGUUGAAAGCCACGGCACGUCUGACUUUGAUCUUACACAAGAUACAAAAGAUCAGAAUUCUGCUCCCGCCAGCCUCAUCUGUAUCCGCAACCAGCUGUUACUUGUUCUUUGCGACAUCCUCGGCUCAGACAGCCCACUGAUCAAAGAUCAACAGAAUGCUGUCUAUGAGGCCCUGGGCAGUGAUUGGUUUCUGCACUUCCUGAGGCCGCACCUUCACUCUUCCACUGUGAAACUCGGUCUCAUCCUGAUCACACACUUCCUGUCCUGUCCGACGCAGCAGAGCAGCUUUAGGGAGGUGGUGCUCCUUGGAAGCCUCAUAAAUGGCAUAGAACAGCCCUUUGCUAUUAUAGAUAACCUUCGUGCUCACCCAUGGUCAUAUGAAUGUUCCAGUGCUACAUGCCCCGGUUUUGAUGUUCUCCAAAGUCUUCUGGUCAGACACUUUCAGCUGCCGCAGGUCUAUCAUGCUCUGGCUGCUCUGCUGCUGGGAAGGAGGGUCACGCACUCUGCAGAGAUAGAGGGGAAUUUGGAUGGCUCCCUCCAGUCAUUGAUCGACAGCCAGGUAGACAGUCCAGCCCCACAGCUCUGUAUGGAGGCCGCAACAAUUCUGCUUGAACUGGUCAAAAUUGUCAUCACACAACAUCAACGAAGCAUUGAUGCAUCAUGGGAGUUGCAGCUGCUGGCAAGUGUGAUGCAGUUCUUCUGUCUAUUGCAUAACCUUCGACCCCGAGAUCCACUUUGGGCAUCCAUAGAGUUCCUCCACGCGCUUGUUGCUGUUAUGUUCCCCUGGUACAGUGCAGAGGGGGAGCAUGAGACUUGUAGAAUAACCGAAUGUGAGGAUGAACUCAGGAUUCAGUCACCCAAGAAGCCAGUGUGUGAUUUUAUCCGUAUUCUGCUGAUGGACAGUCUUCUCAAUGUGUCUGGCAACAGCAACACACAUCCUUUGGUGUUACUGGUGGAGUUCUGCCCAGAUGGCGCAACGUUGGAGCAGAGGCAGAGUUUUCAGACUGAAAUGCUGAAGUUCAUGAUGGACGUCGUCUACAUGCUCAGCAACGAUAAUGACAGUUACACCCACCUUAUAUCACAAGGCUCCAAAGGGCAACGACCUGCAGACCAGAUGUGCACGUUGAUGGGUAAUGUGGUGCUCUUCUGUAAGGUUCUGGUGCAGGCACUUUACAACGGAACAUUCCUGGGGGCCUCUGAGAGUUUAGUCAACUUCCUCGCAGAUCAGAUCGUCGUGGCCCUGGAAAAAGGACAGACUCAGAAGGAGAAGACAGUUUCAGCACUCUACUCCUGCACAAAUAAGGCCCUGCUCUACUUCCUUUCCCAACCGCGCCAUUCCAGAGCUGAGUUGGAGGGCAUCAUUAAAACAUUCCAAACAAUCAGUGAUCGCUGGGAUGUUCUCUUGGCAACUUACAAUUCAAACGUGAACUUCAUUACAUGUCUUCUUCAUUGUCUGCUAUUGAUUGGCUCUGGCAGUUACCCAGAAGGUUUUAUGUGUGGAGCCCAACGAGUGCACAACAGGAAAGUGUCAGUAAACGUAUUUCACACUAAAACACAAUGUGAAAUGGACAUAGAGUCGACAACGGAACUAUCCACAGAUGACAAAGAGCUGGUGUCCUUAGCAAAGGCUUGCUGGUCCAAGGUGAUGACGGAGCGGCGGCACACUCUGGAAGAGGCGUACAAGAUUGAGAUCUCAUCCAGCCACACUGCUCAGAAGACACCUGUGAAUAUGACUGACAUCAGCCCACUAUGGGAGGAGAUGGCACACAAAGCUUGGCUGCUGCACUCAGAGAAUCAUAAGCAAGCGAUGGCCAGCAACCCUCUCAAGAAGUUCGAUAUGAUCAGCAGUGCGGUACGCUCAGCAAUGGGGAGGCAGGACAAGGAGAUGGUGACAGUGGAGGAGUUUCUGUUUUACAUGGAGUCGCACCGACAAAGGGGCAACAGCAUGUUUGAGAAUAUGAGGACAAAUCACUUACAGUUACGAGCCAGUGAGUGGGAUCGGAUCUACUCUCAAUGGCUGCGUGUAGAGGCAGAGCUGUUGAGGGAGAGGGCCGUGUUUGGCCCGGGUCCGGGCGUGCUGCUCAGCCAUAACUGGGUGCAAGGUGCUGCCGAAGGACCUAACCGCACUCGACUACGUAUCCGAAGAAAGGAACUGAGACUAUCCAGACAGGUGCAAGGAGCUCUGUCUCUGGGUUCGAAGAAGGUCGCCUCUGCAGAAACCAAAAACAGAAUAGAUGCUGACACAGAGCCAAAGAUUCUAUGUGAAAUUGGCGCUGAGGCUCAAGAGGAAAAUGAGGACGGAGGACAGGCUUGUGAUCAGCUGACCUUUUUUCCUGUUUUGAACGAAACACCUUCUGCCUUUGAAGGCCACGUGGACCCCUUCACCUUGGAGCCCUGCUCCCAUGUGCAAACCUGCACUGACAUUCGCGUUAUCCUGCAGGAGCUGGAUGAUGGAGAGCAGGUCAAAGCAAAGAUGUCCGUUGUAAUGGUGAGUGGCCUCCGAGUGACUGAGGGGGUGCUGCUCUUUGCCCAAGACAGUCUGCUCUUGUGCGAAGGGUUCACCCUGUCUCCGUCUGGAGACGUUUGCUGCACGAAGCACCACCCCAGCAGUGUGAGGGAUUCCUUCAUCUCCAGCAUGCUGACUAAAGAGUCGACGUCAAGCUGCAGGCAAUGGUUCUACGAGGACAUCAAGGAGGCCCGAUUCAUGCGGUUCUUGUUAGAGGAUAAUGCCAUUGAGGUCUUCGUGAAAAAUGGCCACUCAGCAUUCCUGGUGUUCAUAAAUAAAGACCAUGUCUCUGCAUACAAACGGUUGUGCAAGGUGGUUUCUUCCUUAAAAGGCAGAGGUGUUGCCGAUGUCAUCGCAAAUGCAAGGAAAACCCCUUUGGUUGAGAAGACAACCCUUGUUAAAUGGCAGAAAAGGGAGAUCAGUAACUUCGAGUACUUGAUGUAUUUGAAUACCCUUGCUGGAAGAACAUACAAUGACCUCAUGCAGUAUCCUGUGUUCCCCUGGAUUCUAGCUGACUACAAGUCUGAGACACUGGACCUGUCAGAUCCCACAACUUUCCGAGAUCUGUCAAAGCCAAUGGGUGCUCAGACAGAGAAAAGAAAGCAGAUGUUCAUCCAGAGAUAUGAAGAAGUGGAGCACAGUGAGAGUGAAGGAGGUUUGUCUGCAAAAUGCCACUACUGCACCCACUAUUCUUCAGCCAUCAUUGUGGCCUCUUUCCUUGUUCGCAUGGAGCCUUUUUCUCAUACCUUUCAGACACUGCAGGGAGGAUUUGAUAUCCCCGAGCGGAUGUUUUAUAGUGUAAACAAGGAGUGGGAGUCGGCCUCCCGAGAUAACAUGAGUGACGUCAGAGAGCUGACUCCGGAGUUUUACUACUUGCCAGACUUUCUGCUCAACUCCAACCACAUGCAGCUGGGCUGCAUGGCGGACGGAACCGCUCUGGGAGAUGUGGAGCUGCCGGCAUGGGCCAAAGAUGACCCUCAGGAGUUCAUUAGAAUCCAGCGUGAGGCCUUGGAAAGUGACUACGUGAGUUCACACCUCCACUUGUGGAUUGACCUGAUCUUUGGGUACCGACAACAAGGCCCUGCUGCUCUCGAAAGUGUCAACACCUUCCAUCCUUAUUUUUACGCUCUGAGAAGCAAUCAAGAGGCUAGGGAUCCACUCAUUAAGAGCACAAUUUUGGGAUAUGUCAGCAACUUUGGCCAGAUUCCCAAACAGCUCUUCACUAAACCCCAUCCAAAGAAAGAAGGGCCAUCGCCAUCUCAUCCAACUCCAUUUUUCUUCAGUAUGGACAAACUCAAGACGACUGCCCAACCCUUUAGAGAACUGCCAAGAGGUCCAGUGGGUCAAAUAGUGUGUCUGGAAAAAGAGGUGGUGAUCCUAGAGAGUAACCGACUCCUCCUGUCCCCAUCGUUGAGUUGCUUCUUCAAUUGGGGCUUCCCCGACAACAGUUGCACCUUUGGAAACUAUACCACUGAAAAGACAUUUGCUGUGUGCGAGAGUUUAUGUGCCUGGGGGCCAACAACGUGUGCCGUCUCUCCCAACCCAACGACCGUCAUCACUGCAGGAAGCAGCACCGUGGUUUGUGUGUGGGAUGUGGUGAUCAACAAGGACAAAGUCACCCAUAUGAAACUCAGACAGCCGCUGUACGGCCACACUGAAGUGGUGACUUGCAUGACCGCGUCUGAGGCCCUUAGCUUGAUCGUGAGCGGCUCCAGUGAUCUCACAUGCAUUUUGUGGGAUCUGGAGGAGCUCAGCUACAUCACGCAGCUGGUGGGACAUACAAGUAGCAUCUCUGCAGUGGCUAUAAAUGAACUCACAGGUGAAAUUGCAUCAUGCGCCGGGCCUUUGCUUUACCUGUGGACGAUGAAGGGUCAACUGUUGGCCUGCACCGACUCCUCCUGUGGGCCUCGUGCUGACAUCCUUUGUGUCAGCUUCACACAGCGACAUGAGUGGGAUGCCAGGAAUGUUGUGGUCACCGGCUGCGCCGAUGGCAUCAUACGGAUAUGGAGGAGAGAGUACACCGGAACACAAUUAACUGGCCCUCCAGAAGAGCUCGUGUCCCCAGGGCGAGACCCAACAGCGCUGACAGAGAGCGCCGCGAACGGCCCGCAGCAGGUUAAACGAUGGAAGAGACGUCUGGUGUUGUGUCGGGAACUCAACAGAAGUCAGGCCGCGUUGCAGCGUCGCAGCAAAACUAAUCCCGCUAUUACAGCGUUGGCCAUGUCCAGGAGCCAUGUGACACUGUUGGCAGGUGACGCCUGGGGCCGGGUUUUCACUUGGACCUGCGAGUGAGCUCAUGCGUGACCUCAAUCUCUGACUUCAUUUAUUGGUGGUGCCUUAAGACUUGAACAGCAGUGAACCUUACCUCGGAGUAAUGUGAAUAUUUAGUAGUACUGUGACUUCUUUUAUGUAAAUACUGACCUGCAAUUUAAUUGAAUUAAACAUUUUUAGCUA